AUGAAUAUUUUUACUCAAUUUUGUGCAACCAUGGGAGCUGAGACUAAGUUUGAGAAAGUAAUAACUCAAAUUUAUACACUGUUAAGGCUAGAAUUGCUGCUACCUAUACAAACACGAAUCCACCAUGUGAAGAAGAUAUCAGAUAGAUUCUAGCUACAUUAUCAGGAGAAGACUUAUAAACAAAAGCAUAGACAGCGUAUAGUUCCUUAGUGAGAAGAUUGAAAUUAUAAAAUAAUGAUGAAAAUGGUUGGAUGAUGAUCAUUAAAAGUUUGAUAAUCAUAGAUAGGUAUUAGGUCAAAAAAAUUGAGGUGUGUAAGUGAUCGCAUUUUACUCAAAGAAUUUCAAGAUUUAGAUUUGCCUUUAAUUGAAUGUAGAUAAGAGAGAGACAUUAAAAAUAAGUAAUUACUCAUAAACGAAUUAAUAUCUAAAUAUUAUCAUUACAUUAAAUAUAAAGGAUUAAAACUUAGAAAUUCAACUUCACUAACAUUAUAUAAAAAAGAGAAAAUCCUGUAUUUUAAUUAAAUGUCACUCAAAUCUAUUUUUGAAGAAUUAAAAAUGAUUCUAGAAUUAGUAUAAAGAGCAUUUGAUGUUAUUGAAACAAAAAAAAAUGGUCAUUUACGUUUUAAAGUUAAUUAGUAUGUGUUCUUGCUUCUUAUGAACGAUUUAUUGAAAUAUUAUUGUUGUGGCUUAAUUGCUUUUAAUUUACUCAUUAAGAAAUUGCAAGAACUGCAAUCUAAUGAUCUCCUUUAAUUGAUUGCAAUAUCUAAAUCUAUGGUUAAUUUCUCCAAUAAAUUUGAAGAAUUUAUUCAUUAAUGUAGAUUUAUAUAAGGUUUUGAAAAUGUAUAGUUAGAUUAUAAGGUGUAACAUAAAUUAUAUAAUUAUUUAUAGGUAGAUGAUUAAGUUGUCAAUUUAGUUUCUUAAUANAAAGACAUAGAUGUAAUUUAGCAUUUUUUAUUCUUCAAAGAAUAAACAAAUGCAAUUCAAUUUAAAAUAAAUUGUUUCUCUUUAAUAAGUCAAUUACUAUUUGAUAAGUAAAGGAGAGUAUAUGAGUAUAUAAUAUUUCAAAUUGUCAUAAUCACACAAUUUGGAAUAGAAUUCAACUUUGCUUUAAUUGAUUUUAAAAUAUAAAAUAUAUUAUAUGAAUAUUUUUACUCAAUUUUGUGCAACCAUGGGAGCUGAGACUAAGUUUGAGAAAGUAAUAACUCAAAUUUAUACACUGUUAAGGCUAGAAUUGCUGCUACCUAUACAAACACGAAUCCACCAUGUGAAGAAGAUAUCAGAUAGAUUCUAGCUACAUUAUCAGGAGAAGACUUAUAAACAAAAGCAUAGACAGCGUAUAGUUCCUUAGUGAGAAGAUUGAAAUUAUAAAAUAAUGAUGAAAAUGGUUGGAUGAUGAUCAUUAAAAGUUUGAUAAUCAUAGAUAGGUAUUAGGUCAAAAAAAUUGAGGUGUGUAAGUGAUCGCAUUUUACUCAAAGAAUUUCAAGAUUUAGAUUUGCCUUUAAUUGAAUGUAGAUAAGAGAGAGACAUUAAAAAUAAGUAAUUACUCAUAAACGAAUUAAUAUCUAAAUAUUAUCAUUACAUUAAAUAUAAAGGAUUAAAACUUAGAAAUUCAACUUCACUAACAUUAUAUAAAAAAGAGAAAAUCCUGUAUUUUAAUUAAAUGUCACUCAAAUCUAUUUUUGAAGAAUUAAAAAUGAUUCUAGAAUUAGUAUAAAGAGCAUUUGAUGUUAUUGAAACAAAAAAAAAUGGUCAUUUACGUUUUAAAGUUAAUUAGUAUGUGUUCUUGCUUCUUAUGAACGAUUUAUUGAAAUAUUAUUGUUGUGGCUUAAUUGCUUUUAAUUUACUCAUUAAGAAAUUGCAAGAACUGCAAUCUAAUGAUCUCCUUUAAUUGAUUGCAAUAUCUAAAUCUAUGGUUAAUUUCUCCAAUAAAUUUGAAGAAUUUAUUCAUUAAUGUAGAUUUAUAUAAGGUUUUGAAAAUGUAUAGUUAGAUUAUAAGGUGUAACAUAAAUUAUAUAAUUAUUUAUAGGUAGAUGAUUAAGUUGUCAAUUUAGUUUCUUAAUAUUUAGAUUAAAUUGAACGAUAAAAAUCUAAUGGUGACAAAUAGAUUCAACUCAAUCAUUAUAAUACUUAGGCUGUUAUUGAAUUAAUCUGUAUGUAUGCAUUUUGUAAUCAUUUAGCUUUUCAAAAACUCACACCUAAACAAAGUGAAUACUUUAGAAAUAUCGUAAUCCAAUAACCAACCAAAAUUCAAAUCUAUAUUAAUUAAUUUAAGAAUAAAUUUUCAGAAGAAACUUUUCAAAAAUUUGCUAAUAAUUAUUCAACUAAGUAUAUUCAUUAUUCAAAUUUAAUUAGAUACAUUCCUAUUCAUGAAAAUUUUAAAAAAUUACCUGAAAUAAUUGAAGAGGAAGAUAUUGAUUUCUUACAAAAAGUUGAAGAUGAUCAAAAUAAGUUUCAUGUUAAAGAAGUCAUCGAAUUACAAUAUCCUGACCCAUUUGAUGAAAAAACUUUUACUCAGUUUUAAAAUAUUUUUAUUUAAUGA